AUGGGCAGAGAGGAUAUUGAGUUCAAAACCUCCGACCAUGUCACAUUACGUGGUUGGUUCUAUAAGCCAGAGAACCACAGCGGCGAUAAGCUUCCAGCCGUGGUUCUCGCUCAUGGCUUUUCUGCCUUGAAGGAAAUGGACCUCAACACCUUUGCUGAAGAAUUCACCUCGAAACUUCCCAUUGCCGCCUUGGUUUACGACAAUCGUGGCUUUGGUGACAGUGACCACAAGGAAGGAGAACCCAGACAUGAGAUUGUCCCGUCGCUCCAGAUCUCUGACUACUCCGACGCUAUCACAUAUGUCUCACAGCGGCCAGAGGUCAAUCCAGAUAAGAUUGCCAUCUGGGGAUCGUCCUAUAGUGGUGGCCACGUUCUUUAUGUCGGCGCCGUGGAUCGUAGAGUCAAGGCCGUGCUCAGUCAAGCGCCGCUUGUGAGCGGAUGGGACAAUUUCAACCGUCUUGUUCGUCCAGAUUUCGCGGUUGGGUUCAAUGCCAUGUUUGCAGCAGAUAGGAUCACGAGGUCCAACGGGGGCGAGGCAGGCUUCGUGCCUGUGGUUGACGAGGAUCCUCUGAAACCAUCCGCUCUCCCUACACCGGAUAGCUAUACCUUCUUUUCGUCCUGGGAAAAGAAGUCAAACUGGAAAAACACCGUCAGUCUCAAAUCGAUCGAGCUGUUCCGUGGUUACGAGCCCCAACAGUUGAUCGAACACAUCGCGCCAACCCCGUUACUGAUGACGAUCGCAGCUGAAGACGUUCUGACGCCGGCAGAUCUGGCAAUUGGAGCUUUCGCAAGAGCAAGAGAACCUAAACAGUUGCAGUUACUCAAUGGUGGUCAUUUCGAAGCGUACUCUGGCAGGUUGUUUGAGCAGAAUGCUGGCACACAGGUCGCGUUUUUGAAGAAAUGGCUCAUCGAUACUUGA